CUCAGAGCUGUGGCGCCGCGGUGUGCCAGCGCAGAACGGAGCCGCUGAUUGGAGACGCUGUAGCUGCUUUUAAUCCUGGCGAACAGAUCGCCACUGUUCGCAUUCUUUUCACCAGCAACUUCAUACGCACAGCUCGCCUCCUUAAAGGGCUUGCUUGAGUUUCCUUAGAAGCCUCGCUGUCAGGCGCACAGCCUUCAAAGACAAAUAUGAACGAAACAUAUAAAACGGGCUUGGAUUCGGUGCGGAAAUAAUUUUACUUAUCCGUUAUCUCCGGCAUCGUUUCGGUUUUGGUGAUAUGUGUUUUACAUGUUUGCGUGCAACAGUGAGGUAGCUCUUUUUGACAGCCUGUGAUGGGAAUUUGAUCUCCGGUACCUAUGCGAAGGAUCUGGGUCUGCGUGUUUUCGUAGAGUGGAUGCUGCGGCUGAAGGCGUCUUUCGAGCACAUGCGGCGCGGCGAGUUUUGGGAAUGCUCCUGAUGAAUCUUCGGAAGUGGAGGUCCGCGCGGCGCGGUUGGAUUAUUUCGCCGGAGAUGAUCCUGGUUCCGGUUCUCUGGUUCUUAUCCCAGGCACGUGCGGCGCCCUCUCUCACGGCAGAACAGUUGGACAUGGGGGUGGAUUGGCUGAGCAAGUUUGGGUACCUGCCACCCCCAGACCCUGUGACAGGCCAGCUGCAGACCAAGGAGGCCCUGACCAAAGCCAUCAGAGCCAUGCAGAAGUUUGGAGGCCUGGAGGAGACAGGAGUGCUAGACCAAGCGACCCUGGGCCUGAUGAAGACUCCGCGGUGCUCUCUCCCGGAUGUUUCUGAGUGGGAGUCGCCAGGGCGACGGAGACGGGCGCUGCUCUCCCAGGGCAAGUGGAACAAGCGACACCUGUCCUGGAGGGUGCGGACGUUCCCGAAGGAGUCGGCGGCGUUGGGGCGGGACACGGUGCGGGCGCUGAUGUACUAUGCCCUGAAGGUGUGGAGCGACAUCGCGCCCCUCAACUUCCACGAGGUGGCAGGCAGCGAGGCCGACAUCCAGAUCGACUUCACCAAGGCCGACCACAACGACGGCUACCCCUUCGACGGGCCGGGGGGCACCGUGGCACACGCCUUCUUCCCCGGAGACCGCUUCAUUGCCGGGGACACGCACUUCGACGACGAAGAGGCCUGGACCUUCAGAUCGCCGGACUCCCACGGCAUGGACCUGUUUGCGGUGGCGGUACACGAGUUCGGUCACGCCAUCGGCCUGGCUCACACCUCCGCCAUGGAGUCCAUAAUGCGGCCGUACUACCAGGGCCCGGUAGGAGACCCACUGAAGUACGAUCUCCCCUAUGAGGACAAGGUCCGGGUCUGGCAGCUUUACGGGGUUCGAGAUUCAGUGUCCCACACGCUUCGCCCCGAUGACGAGUCCCACACCGCUGAGCCCCCUGUCCUCCUGGACCUUCCCGAAAACAGGUCCACUGUCCCGCCAGCUCGUGAUGCUCCAGACAGAUGUAACAGUCACUUUGAUGCUGUGGCACAGAUACGCGGAGAGGCCUUCUUUUUCAAAGGGAAGUACUUCUGGCGGCUGACCCGCGAGAAGCACCUGGUAUCGCUUCGGCCGGCCCAAAUCCACCGCUUCUGGAGAGGACUGCCGGCCAACCUGGACAGCGUGGAUGCUGUGUACGAGAGGCCUGGAGACCACAAGAUCGUUUUCUUCAAAGGAGGAAAGUAUUGGGUAUUCAAGGACAACAACGUGGAGGAGGGCUACCCCCGGCCAAUCAGCGACUUUGGCCUGCCCAUGGAGGGCGUGGAUGCCGCCUUCGUCUGGCUGCACAACGACAAGACCUACUUCUUCAAGGACAGCCGGUACUGGCGCUACGACGACCACCUGCGGCGCAUGGAUACGGGGUACCCCAAAGACACCACGCUCUGGAAGGGGGUGCCGUCCCAGCUGGACGACGCCAUGAGGUGGUCUGACAGUUCCUCUUACUUCUUUAAGGGGACAGAGUACUGGCGGGUGGUGGGCAGUGAUAUGGAGGUGGAACUGGGCUACCCGCGGUCCAUAGGGAAGGACUGGCUGGUGUGCGUGGAGAUGCAGUCGGACUCGCCGGCCAUGGAGGCCAACGGCACAGACACGCGCUCGCGGGGCCAGCACCACGCCAACCACGCGGAGAACGGCUACGAGGUGUGCUCCUGCACCUCCGACUCGGCCACGCCGCUCUCGCUACGCCUCACCCUGUCUCCGCUCUGGCUGCUCGCCCCGAUCUGGACCGUCUCGCUCGCCCUCUCAGCACCGCUCUGAUUGGAGGAGAGGAGGGAGAGGGCGGGGCAUGAACUGACAGCCAGCGAAUCAAACAUCACGCCGCAUGCCAAGUGGAGAAGUGAUCUGGGCCUAUCUUCUCUGAUAAACUUUUCUUUUCAUCUUUAAACUGAUCGACCACAUGAAAGACUGCUACCCUUCAGAUAUAUGCUUUUUGUA